AUUAUGUAUAACGCACGCCUGGCUUCCUCGCUCAACUCGCGCAUGCUACUGCUGGUCAUCCUCGCUGUAUCGCACACCUGUUAUACAAACGCACAAUACGGUUUCUAUCCGGGCGGUUAUGGUGGUUACGGUGGCGGUUUUGGUGGUGGUUACGGUGGUCUUGGCUAUGGAAGUGGCUAUGGCUUUGGCGGCGGCAGCGCUUAUGGUGGCUACCCCGGCUACGGCGGCAAUCAGCAAUAUCCCGCCUACUAUGGUGGCGGUUAUGGMAAUACGUAUCCGUGUUAUAGUAGCUACUAUUGCAUCGGUGGCUAUCCUAGUUUUGGAGGUUAUCCAUCUUACGGCAAUGGCAUGAGUAAGUCCAGACGUAGUGGUUGACAAAUUUAGAAUUGCAAUUUAGAGUCAUAGCACACUUCAACCCAAUAAAAUUUUGUAGUGUUCUGGACGUGUCUCUUUAUUUGAUUUUUUUCAGAUACCGCAUUCGCCAGCAGUAGCGGUGGUGGCAUGGCCAGCGCAUCGGCUAGCAGUGGUAUCGGCUACUUUGGCUAAUAAGCGGAGUGGCUGCAAACGCGCAUAACGCUAGCUUCGUUGCAGAAGUACAAAAUACACACCUACAAUUGUUUAUGUUAUAAUUUAGCAUAAGUUAAGCUAAUUUAGUUUAUUWAAAGUUGUUAUAGUAUGCAUUAAACCAUGUUGUUCUUUCAUUCUCCCG